AAUAACCAUGAAUGGAUUUUUUAGGGAACUCUUGGACAAAUGCGUCAUCAUCUACCUCGACGAUAUAAUAAUCUACAACCGCAGCAGAGAGCAGCACUUACAGUAUCUUGAUGCAGUCUUUAUGCUGCUGCACAAGAAUCGCCUCAUCACCAAAGGGUCUAAGUGCGACUUUCUUAAGCAGGUGGAAUUUCUAGGCCACAUCGUCUCUACCGAAGGAGUGAAAAUCGACCCUAAGAAAAUCAAGACCAUACGGGAAUGGAAGCCGCCAAGCAAUAUCAAGGAGCGACUUAAGGAUCACGAUUGUUUUUGGUGGGGAGACAAGCAGCAAGCUGCAUUUGACCAACUGAAGAUUGCCCUCACGUCGCCGCCCGUCCUUCACAUCUCCGAUCCCGACCGUCCAUUUGAAGUCAUCACCGAUGCCAGCGACUUCGCCAUCGGUGCAGGGGUACAAACCCCUCCUUGUACUCCCCUCUCUUCCUAAUCCAACCCUCUUCUCUCUCG